UGUUUCCCGUUUCGCUCUGAAAAUAGUCUCAGUCGUCGAGUGGUAAAUAUCGCGUGCACAUUGUCCACCGCAGCCGUGGUAAAAGAUUAAAUUCGCUAUCCUUCUUUCCCGUUGAGAGUACACGCGUGUCGAUUGCAGGUUUGCAAGUUUACCCUCAGUUGAAAGUGACGUUGGACUGUUUUGGAAUUUUUGCGUGCGCGAAGAGUUUACUCUGCUAUCAACAGUGACGGAUAUAGAACGGUCUCGCUUGCCAAAAUACGCGACAUAACGAAGAUUUGAAGGUCGUAGUAUAGUCGGUAGAAGCACGGGAAGCACGAUGUGAUGGUUCGAUUUCAUCCGCAUGGGUCUCGCUAAAAAUAGUGCAAUUAUUUACAAACGAAUUCAAAUCAUGAAACACCACACGACCAUCACUGGUAGCAUCGCGGUGUUUCGCACGGUUUAUUUGCCGCUUGGCUGGCUUGGUAUCAAGCGGUGUACAGGUGACGUCGAAUAAAACACAUGGAAAACUUCUGGAAAGCUGUCAGUCGCAAAAAACCUAACAACGACGAUGGAAGCCAUUCGAAGCUGGCUCGUGUCCUGACCCUACUCGACCUCACCGGUCUUGGCGUGGGCAGUACGCUCGGACUGGGUGCGUACGUGUUGGCGGGUUCCGUAGCUUAUGAACAGGCUGGACCGGGUGUAGUCAUUUCUUUCGUAAUAGCGGCCCUAGCAGCGGCCAUUGCGGGGCUCUGCUAUGCGGAGUUUGCAUCGCGCGUGCCCAAGGCCGGUUCCGCCUACAUCUACACCUACAUUACGAUAGGCGAGUUUGCUGCCUUUACGAUCGGGUGGAAUCUAAUGCUGGAGUACAUUAUCGGAACGGCAAGUGUUGCGCGAGGCUUAAGUGGAUACAUUGACGCACUGAUCGACCAUCGUAUGGGAAACGCCAUCAAGGAUGUGGUUCAGAUGCGUGUGAGUUUCUUGGCCGAGUACCCAGACGUAUUUUCCUUCCUGGUCGUGCUAGUGAUAACAGCCCUACUGGCGUACGGUGUGAAAGAAUCAACUGUGCUGAACAAUCUCUUCACCGGUGUGAAUCUGAUCGUCAUAGUGGUCGUUUUGGUGUCAGUGGGCAUUAAGGCUGAUCCGGCUAACUGGGCGAUCAAACCGGACGAUCCAAACGUUCCAGCCGGGCUGGACAUCGGUGCAGGCGGAUUCCUCCCGUAUGGCAUCGCGGGCGUGAUGGCCGGUGCGGCCAAAUGUUUCUACGGCUACGUGGGCUUCGAUUGUAUCGCUACGACUGGCGAGGAGGCACAGAAUCCUUCCCGGAACAUUCCACUAGCCAUCAUCGCUUCGCUGAUCAUCAUCUUUCUGUCGUACUUUGGCGUGGCGACCGUGCUUACCAUGGCACUGCCGUACUAUCUCCAGGACCCGAUCGCACCCUUUCCGCGGCUUUUCGAUUACCUCGGCUGGCAGGAGAUCAAGUGGAUUGUAUCGAUCGGUGCAAUCUUUUCCCUGUGCACAAACUCAUUGGGCGCAAUGUUUCCGCUGCCUCGCGUUCUGUACGCUAUGUCGUCGGAUGGUCUCAUCUUUAAGCAGUUGCGGACUGUCCAUCCAAAGACUAAGACACCACUGCUGGCCACGAUUCUUUCGGGCCUGUUUUCCGGUACGAUGGCGAUGCUGUUCAAUUUGCAUCAGCUGAUCGAUAUGAUGUCGAUCGGAACGUUGCUAGCCUACACGAUCGUAGCGGUGAGUGUGCUGGUACUGCGCUACGAGCAAAAUACCAACUUUAUCGUGAGCAGUCAAACGAAAUCGUCAACAGUGAUGAAACAGCUAUUCAAUCUCACCUGCCUGACGGUACCGAGCAGCUUAUCGUCCGAUAUUGUAAAGGUGUGCGUGCUUAUUUAUGCUAUCGUUAUUAGUGUGAUUAGCUCGAUUCUUGCCCACGCCCAGGAUUAUCUCAACAGCUACAAUCCACUAUUCUGCACACUUCUAGCGGCCAUGGCCAUUGUAGCGGUGCUGUUAACACUCAUCAUAUCCUGCCAACCGACGGAAGAGCGACAGCUUACCUUCCGUGUACCGUUUGUCCCGUUCGUACCACUGAUCAGCAUCUUCGUGAACGUGUACCUCAUGUUUCAGCUCGAUGCGGCCACCUGGGUACGGUUUCUGGUGUGGCUGGUGGUAGGCUUUAUCAUCUACUUCUCCUACGGUAUCCGUCACUCGGUGCAAGGAUCUGGCAGUCAGACGCUUUCGGAAAGUCAGCUCGACAUCCCAUUCGCUAUGUUUACCACGGUGAAGCAGUAGAGGGGGCCGAUGAUCGCAUUCCGUGGGAAUGGGGCAGCUAGGCAAGCACAUUUUCAUACACUCAAGACAUUAGGCUACGCUGGUAGUAGGCAAAGUAGCAUCUAGAUUUAGUGUGGUAGGCUGCAGUAAUCUAGUCAUUCUAUGUUUAACCAAAUGUGCACAUUCACCCGCACAUGUGCAAGAGAUUGCGAAAAGACAGAGCAUUAAUAGUGAACCGUUUUAGGUUAAGUUAGCUCCAGGUUAGAGGAUAUCGUUCCUGUUCGACUUUCAUGGAUCACUAUAUGCUUUUCGGGAAAUGUUUAGUAUGUAAUCAGUAAUCAUUGUUAAUGGUAGAAAUAUUAACUAAUCUAGAAAACAAAGCUAUUUAUUAUUUCAUU